CUCCAUGAAUGCGUCGUGCGUACGUUCAUUGCGCAACAUCCGCGAGCGGUGCAGUCUGGGGGUUCUGCCGCACAGGGCUGGCGAUACUGAUCUCUGAAAUGGAUGUGUUCCUAAUGAUCCGGCGUCAUAAGACGACAAUCUUCACAGAUGCAAAGGAAUCUACCACUGUGUACGAGCUGAAGCGUAUUGUUGAAGGUAUACUUAAGAGACCACCAGAGGACCAGCGGCUCUACAAAGAUGAUCAGUUACUAGAGGACAGUAAAACCCUGGGGGACUGUGGGUUCACCAGUCAGACUGCCAGACCUCAAGCACCAGCUACAGUUGGUCUGGCUUUCCGUGUAAAUGACGAGAUGUUUGAGCAGCUGCACAUCGAGGCCUUCUCCAGCCCCCCAGAACUCCCAGAUGUGAUGAAACCGCAGGACUCUGGUAGCACUGCCAAUGAGCAGGCAGUGCAGUGAUGGCGAGAAGAAACUAGCAGAAGAGGGAAGGAUGGGAGUGGGCGUGUGAGUGGAUUAACUGCAUAGAAGAAGUAGCAGGGUGGUGGCUAUGUAAUAUAAUUUUAUCUGAUUGACGGGGACAUUAAAGGUGAUCAAUCUUAGCCAUGGUAUCAGCAUCCCCUCCCCUCCCUACUAUCAGAUUACUUCACAGAUCUUUUUUUAACACUGGUUUCCACAUCACAUGCAGCCCUGCUCCUUGAAUUUACUCCGAAGCAACAGCCGACUCAAACUCCUGAGUGGGGAUGUUGGUUUGAAAAGAGUGAGUGUGUCUAAGUGUGUGUGUGUCAUUAAUAUCGUUAGCAUUCGGGAACGGUUGGAGGAAUAGUUUUGUGUCACAAGUAACAUGCCUGGGUUAAGAGUUCGGUAUUUGAAUUAGCUAACCGCAUGAACAUUUUCAAAACGAUGGCUAUAUCUCUACAGACACAGACCUGCCACUGACAUGUUUACUUGGUAUGUUUUUGUUGUUGUACAUUUCUAAUUUGAAUUCAUGUCUGGGGGGAGAAAAAAAAUCAUCUUUAAUUUAAUUGUGUUUGAUUUUCUUCUCAGUUUGUUUCAUUUGUUAGUUCUUUGUGUUUCAUGCACUGAGACCAAAGGCGGGAUCCUCGUGGGCAGUUUUUGGUCGGAGCACAUUUUGUCUGUCACAUGAAGUAAACGCGGGAGGAGAACUUGGUUGUGCUCUACUUUAGGUUUGUAAAUGCUCACAUCUUGUCAUCAACGAUAUUGUGCUUCCCCUCCCCCCGCAGUCACAUGACCAUAGCUUGUAAUGUUGAGCUCGCUUGAUUAAAAAUGUUUUUCCUGUGUUGUUUUUAUUUGA